CUUGUCUUCUUUUCUUCCUUUGAAAAAGAAAUAUACCCACUUGCUUCUUUCUUUUGCUAUUCUCUUUUCAUAGUGCACUCCAAUGGAACCCAAUGUCAUAAACGAGCCGUCACCUGAACCUAUAUCAAAUGGAGAAGAAAUUGACGACAAUCAACAAAAUAUCUCGAAACAAUUUAUUCCAGACCUUCGAAGUUUGGGUCGAAAUCAGCAAGGUUUCGCAACUGAGAUCGGGUCUAGCGAUGCUGACGAGAUUAAGCAAGUCAUUCUGAAUGCAGCUUCUUCAGGUGGAGCAGCUUCACUCCAACGACAACUACAGCAACAACAACAACAACAACAACAACAACAGCAACAGCGACAACAGCAACAAAAUGCCUCAUUGUCUAGGUCAACUACAGUUUCGUCGUCUCUUUCAGGAAGACAGAAAACGCUAACAAGACGUUUAGUAAAACAACAACCCGUUAUCAACACAAUUGCUGGCUAUCGUGUCAGCCAUGCUUUGCCAGACGACUCAAGAAUUGGAUGGACAUCCUUUUCAGACAAACCCAAUCCUGGUGGUUCAUUAAACAUUAUGGCAUUAGAAAAGAAGCCUCACGAGAAAGCAGAUGAUACGGACUGGAAUGUAAAAGAAACAUUCGUAAACGACUUCUGCGUUAUUUUCUUUGUGGGAUUCGGGUUUUACAUCAUUGGCAAAAUUGGCGCCUAUUUGCCCGGUGGCGGCAUAGGAUCCUUCAUUUUCGGACUAUUUUGCGUAGCAACCUACUAUAAAAUUAAUUAUAAACGGUUCACCCUACAAACAUCGGAUGAUAUCAAAAGAGAAUUGGCAGCCAUUGCAAUUCAAAACUCGGACUUUGAAGACGUUGAAUGGUUGAAUAAUUUGGUAACAAGAUUCUGGCUCAUACUUGAACCUGUCAUCAGUGCCUAUGUUAUUGAGAACAUUGAUACCUACUUGGUUGACUAUCUACCUGGGUUUUUGGACUCAGUGAGAUUAACAACGUUCACAUUGGGAACAAAGCCUUUCCGAAUUGAAAGCGUAAAGACAUUGACAGAUGAGGAGCCUAACACAGUGUGCAUGGAUUGGGUGGUCUCUUUUGUACCCAAUGAUACAAAUGGCCUAACCAAAGAACAAUUGGCUAAAAAAGUCAAUCCGAAGGUAGUAUUGAAUAUUCGCCUGGGCAAAGGAUUUGUAGGCACUGCCUUAUCUGUGCUUGUGGAAGACAUGAGUUUCAAGGGCCGUAUGAGGAUUAAAUUACAAAUGAUGAGUAAAAUGCCUCACGUUAAAAUUGUGGAAGCCUGCUUCAUGGAAAAGCCAACAUUUGAUUAUGUCCUGAAGCCGUUGGGUGGAGAGACAUUCGGCUUUGAUGUGAAUAAUAUUCCAGGCCUUCAAAGCUUUGUACGUGACCAAGCACAUGCUAUUCUUGGCCCAAUGUUAUACUAUCCGAAUGUUUUUUCUUAUGACGUCGAAAAAUUCUUCAGCGGUGAAUUGGAUAUAAGUCAAGCGAACGGUAUUCUAGCUGUCACUGUUCACUCAUGCACCACCAUUGGUGGCACUGACGGCACGCUGAAUCCUUUUAUUCGAUUCUUCUUGGAUAAAGCUCAAGAACUUGAAAAGACCUCUGUUUUAGAAAACACAAAUACACCCCAUUGGAAUGAGACUAAAUUCUUGUUACUGAACAACUUGGAAUCGAUAUUGACAAUGGAGCUAAGGACGACCAAUAACACAAAAAAAGCUGGUAAAAGGUUGGCCAGAGCUCAUUUCGACUUGAAGGAUCUACGUGAUGAAGAAGAUAUGGAAAUGGACAAUAAGGUUUUACCAAUGUUUCGUCAUGGCCGCUUCAUUACCGAUUUGAAUGUUGAUAUGCGAUACUUUCCGGUUUCUAAGCCAAUUCAGAAUCCUGACGGUACAUAUAUCGAAGCUGAACCAUCAAAUUCGGGCGUCCUUCGUAUCACUAUGCAUGAGGCAAAACACUUGGGAUCCAACAAAUGCAACCCAUAUGCAUCUAUCAAAAUAAAUGGCAUCGAUCGCUUUACUACACCUACUUUCAAACGCACGUCUAACCCCAAAUUUGAACGUCCGUUCGAACUGCUCGUCUUAGAUAUAUCAAAUGUCUAUAUCCGCGUUAGCUUGACAGAUCGCAUUGACUUUGCUGAGGAUGAAUCACUAGGCAGCUGGGAUGCUUAUUUAACUGAUAUCAUGCAACAGCAAGAGGAAAGGGAAUAUUGGUGGAAUUUAAGAAAACGAGGACAGGAAAUAAAUGCUCGUAUUCGCUUCAGCGUACAGUGGAAGCCUGUGGUGAUGACUGGUUUGGCAAAGAUGGGUGGCGUUGGCAUUUAUUCUCCGCCUGUAGGCGUUGUUCGCUUCUCCAUUUGGUCAGCUAAAAACCUGGCGAAGAGCAGUAAAUAUGACAUGUAUGUUCGUAUCAAGUCGGGCAAACAAGUACGAGCCAGAACAGAGAUCAUUAACAGUACCGAUUGGCCAGAAUGGGGCGAGUUCCACUAUAUACCUGUGCAUAACUUGUAUGAAGACUUGGUAUUGGAGGUGAUGAGUUGGAAUCCAAGCACCUCAACGCCUGGCGGUGGUUUAUCUUCCUCCAACAAGGAUAAACCGAUGGGUUCGACAGUAUUCCCUAUUAAAGAAUUGGUUCAACAGUGCAAAGACGAAGCAACUGAUACCAUAUAUUACCAAGCUAAAGCUGUUAAAAUUGACAGGGAAGCGCCAUUGAUGGCCGGAGGAGUAAAAAAAGGAACAUUAAUAUACACCGCAGAAUUCUACCCUACAAUGGCUUUACCUGAAAAUGAAAACGAUAAUAUCGCAGAAGAAGUAGCCACUCUGCCACUAAAUGCAGUAACAGAUGCCUCCCAUGCGAUGGAGCAGCAACAGCAACGGGAGAUAGAGAAGAUGUCAUCCCAUUCUAUCACUUCAUCCUUGCCCAAAAUGGAUCUUCAUAAUCUACCUAUCCGUUAUACACCAGACGAUGUCAUUGAUAUCUCAUCCUAUGGAAGCGGCGUUCUUACUGUGAAGAUUCACGAAGUUAAAUCGCCUAUUGUUACAGAAUGCUACUGCCAAAUAAUGGUCGAUUCGCUGACACCUCAACAUAAAACUAGCGUUAUCAAGGGACGGUUACUUACAUUCAACGAAACAACAGAUGCUUUUAUUAAAGAUGCAGGCUUUUCUCGUGUUGCCAUUGCUUUAAAGCCAGCCAAAUCUAGCGAGAAAGAUUAUGAUACCAGUGAUCAACAUACUCUAGGCUAUUGGUACGAAAGUAGUGACCGUAUUAUUCGUACGAUUCAGCGCAAAGCUAGAGCAAAGAAUUAUCAAUUAUGUGAUAUGUUGAGGCAUGCAGAGGAUGAUGAAGGAGACUGGUAUAAUGUCAUUCAACCAACAGGGGCAACAGCAACUACUGCUGCUGGAACUCAAAUUCGUUUAAGUUUCGGUUAUACUCCUCUACCCAAUUAUACCAUUCAUCCUGACGAAAGUGUAGAAAAUCAAGGUAUCCUCACCGUCACCUUAAUACGUGCUGUCGGCUUAAAAGCAGCUGAUAAAUCCGGUACCAGUGAUCCUUAUGUGAAAUUCACCGUCAAUGGAGAGGUAGUUCAUAAAAGCUCCUAUGUAAAAAAGACAUGUAAUCCGAUCUGGAAGGAUGAAACAUUCCAGGUUCCUAUUAUUUCUCGAGUGACAGCUAGCUUUAGAAUUGAGGUCUUUGAUCAUAAUUCUGUACAAAUUGAUGUGCCCUUGGGAUCUGGAGGAAUCACAUUACGAGGGGAUAUGGUGGAGAGCUUCGCGGCUCAUGAGGUCGAUAUACCGUUAGACGGACAAGCAGGAGAUACAGGUGCAGUAAGAGUGAGACUAAAAUGGGAACCUCAACUGUUGAUGCAUCGAAAAGCCAGCACGUUCAUGGGUAUAACGCGUAAAACGACAACAGGCAGUAGCAUUAAUACAGGCACAACAAAGUUAGGUACGGUAGCGUUCAAUUGGAGUCGUCCGGCCACCACCAAAAAGAAUGAGGAAAACAGUGGCAUUGCAUCACCCAGUAAGGACCAUGAAUCAACCAUAACAAGAGCACCUGUGGUGAACGAAUUGGUCAAUAAAGGAACAGUUCGUAUUGAGUUGAUUGAAGCAAGGGGACUGAAGGGUGAUGAAAGCAAAGUAAACCCAGUAGCUACGCUAACGUUAACCAGUGGCACUAGUGCCAAAGCGCAGGGUAUCAAAACCAAAAAAUUGAAAAAAACUUUAAACCCAUUCUGGAACGAACAAUUCAGUCGAGUAUUGCACAACGAUAAAGAGGAUGUUCAAUUGGAUGUUAAACUUACGGACGCUCAUACAUUCGGGUCUUCCAAUGAGAUUGGCAGUUGGUCAAGCUCCCUGUGGGAUCUCAUCAGGCCUCCUGUGGUGACAUCGUUGGAUAAAUGGUUACCUUUGGAACCAGAAGGAAGUGGUGAAGUUCAUAUAAAAAUCCACUUUGAGAUGCAGCCAUGAGGUUGAUCCAAAGACCGCCACCAUUGCUUUUGUUCCAGGGAACAAGACAGGAUAUCUGAAUGGGCAACCAAAAAUUCCUUUUCUCUUAUGAUCUCUUUUUGUAUUUUGUAAAAAAAAAACCACAUCGUGCUUCGUCAUUAUAGAACGUAUAUUUGCUACGUUAGCGAUAUUUACUUUCACAUUAAACUUUCAAUCUAAACAUCUUGUACUACACUUUUUAUACCUUGCAUUUUAGUCUAAUUUGCUAUUAAAUUCUUCACAGCGUUCUUCAAAUAAACGCAAAGCAAAAAGUUAAUCUUACGUUUGAUCGCUUCCCCGCUGGGCAGAAAGACUUGCCAUCAUCAAGUGGUUCCAGCCCCAAGUAUGAG